AGGAGGAGGAAGGGGACGGUGGCGCUGAGGGGGGGAGGGGCGGCCGAGCGCCCCAACAUCUGCGUGGAGUGCGGGAGGGGCUUCGCCAGAGCCGGGGCGCUCGCCCAGCACCGCGCGGGACACGGGCGAGCGGCCCCGCGCCGAGGUGGCCACGGACAGGGGCGGGGAGGUGGCCACGGGGACAGCCAGGACAGCGGGGGCCACGGAGGUGACAGCAGCGGUGGCCACAGUGACGAGGACAACAGCGGCCAGAGAGGCGAGUACGGAGGUGGCCACAGGGGCGAGGACAGCAGUGGCCACAGAGGUGACAACAGCGAUGGCCACGGGCAGCAGCAGCGCAGAGGUGGCCAAAGAAGCGAGCACAGCGGUGGCCAAAGUGGCGAGCACAGCGGUGGCCAGCCCGACCGCCCUGGUGGCCAGCAGGAUGCCUUUGGUGGCCACCAAGAUGUUGCCGGUGGCCAGCAGCAGCAGCACGCCUUCGGUGGCCGGCAGGACGGCUCCAAUGGCCAACAGGAUGGUUCUGGUGGCCAGCAGCGGCAGCUCGUUGUCGGUGGCCAGCAGGAUGGUUCUGGUGGCCAACAGGAUGGUUCCAGUGGCCAGCAACAGGACCACACCUUCAGUGGCCACCAAGAUGUCGCUGGUGGCCAGCAGAAUGGCUCCAGUGGCCAGCAGGAUGUCACCGGUGGCCCGCUCGCCCCCUCGCUCGCCCGGCCGUGCCCCGGCCUCACCCCCCACCCCCAGCUCCCCCUCCGAGCCCCCGACCCCGCUCCGGUGGCCAAAGGCCGGACCAGCUCCCGGCGCCCGCCCCGGUGCUCGGACUGCGGCCAAAGCUUCGCUCGCCCUCCCGCAGAACCGCCGGCCCCGAUCGCCAAACCCCGGCGGCACCGAGCCAGCACCGGCACCGCGGUGGCCACGGUGCCCAACACGUGCGGCGAGUGCUGGCAGAGCUUCGGGCAGAGCUCGGACCUGGCCAAGCACCUGCGCAUCCACACGGGCGAGAAGCCGUACGCGUGCGGCCACUGCGGCAAGCGCUUCAACGUCAGCUCCAACCUGAGCCGCCACCGGCGCAUCCACACGGGCGAGCGGCCCUACGGCUGCGGCCACUGCGGCAAGCGCUUCACCGACAAGUCCACGCUGAGCCAGCACCGGCGCACGCACAGCGGGGAGCGCCCCUUCGCCUGCGCGCUCUGCGGGAAGCGCUUCGGCCGCUCCUCGCACCACCGGCGGCACCAGCGCACGCACGGCGGGGACAGCGCG